AUGGACAUAACCACACAAAAAUCGAACAUUUUUUUUUUCUUUUGGCAUCUCGGGUUAGAAAAAGGGUUUCUGAUUUCUCCUAAAAUUCUGCUUUGGGUCGCUCCGCCAUUGAUGCAAUCUCUCUCCUCUUCAACUCCACAACGUCGGGUGCGUUCAUAUAUAUUCGGUAUUGAUCUCUGUGUUGAAAGCUACAUUUUUGUGAUUUGCUCGGUGUUAACAGCUAUCUAG